AUGGGCCGGGAAAACGUAUGGGCCACGCAAGCGCCGGGCGAGGACGACUGGUGCAUGGAUACGCCCCGCAUCCACUAUUUGCGGGAGAUGGAGAAGCUGGGCCAGGAGGUGCACGACCUCACGGGGCUGGGCAGCGGGGGGGCCGCAGAGGUGCAGGGGCUGGUGGUAUCCACGCCUUGGGCGCCUGCUCAACCCUUCCAGCCGUCCUCGGUGCCAUUCCCGCAGGUGCCCCCCGGGGCGGCGUCGGAGCAGGCGAAGACAGCGCGGGAGGUGGCCUUGCAGGAGGAGCUGCGGCGUCAGGUGGUGAUGGCGGAGGGCUGCGCCAUGAACUGGCGCGAGGAGCCGGCUUUCUGUCGGCCUGUGGGCCACGUGCCUGGCAACCGGAAGGUGCAGCAGGUGAAGCUCUCAGAGGACCGCGUCAUGUAUGGCUCCGACGCGGGGGCGGUGGGGCUGGCCUCAGCCUCGGACGGCCGGGAGCUUUUCCGCGCGCAGGCGCACGCGGCGCUGGUAACGGCGCUCGACUACGACGCGGGCACGGGGUGGAUGGUGUCGGCGGCGGACGACGGCGUGGUCAAGGUCUUCCGGGAGCAGGAGCGUGAAGUAGGAGGGGCAGGGGGGGGGCGCGUGGAAUCUGGGGGGCCAGGAAUGCGCCACCACAGCAGCCGGGUGGUGGCGGCGGAGGUCCUGGACCAUCGGUGGGGCCUGAGCGCUUCGAUGGACGGCAAGAUCGUCGUGUUCGAGCUGGACGGGGGCGCCUUGGUGCAGGAAAUGUGGGCAUCGGACACGCUGCUGGCCGUCACCGUCUGCAAGAACUACGUAUUUGCCGGGCUCCUGGGCGGGCCCGUGGAGGCCUUCUCCAUCCGUAACGGCGGCCGCUCCGCCUUCCGCUACAUCGCGCAACGGACGCCGGUGCGCUCGCUGUGCGCGUACCCCCUGGCAGGGAACCACAUCCGCGUGGUGGUGGGCGGCCAGGACGGGGCCCUGCGCCAGUUCCAAGUGCGGGCAGUCAUGUCCUCGGAGGGGGUGUGGCGCGUGCCCCAGGACCGCGCCUUCGACGACCGGCUGGUGCUGGUGUGCAACACCCACGUGGACCCGGACACGCGCGAGGUGGACCAGGGCUUUGUCCUGACGGGCCACCGGGGGCCCGUGGUGGCGGUGGCGUGCGACGAGGAGAAGGUGGUGAGCGCCUCGGAGGACGGUUCUGUUAUCGUCUGGGACGCAGCCAAGUCCUCCCCUCGCUUCACGGUCCGUGCGCAUGUGGACGGCGACCUGGUGGGGGCGGUGGACUUCAACGAGCGAUAUCUGGUGAACGACGGCACGCAGGGCAAGGUGAUGGUCUGGGACUUCGCGGUCGGCCACCCGCCUCGGAGGCCCGGGAGCAAUGGGCUGGGGGCUGCUGCAGACGUCGGGAGCCUCGGCGGCAGGCGUCGACGGCCCUCUGCGGCAGGCCCGCGAGGCUCGCGUGGCCAGGGCGGGGGGCAAUCCCGU